UUAUGGAAUGACUGAAAUUGUUUUGGUUAGCCAUAUGAUUCCUUUAGGAAUGGAUAAAAAAGAUAACAGAAUUACUAAAUCUGUUGGGCGUUUAUUGCCUGGAUUUGAAUAUAAGAUUGUGGAUUGCCUUUCUAAUGAGGAUUUGGUUUCAAAUAAAAAUUAUUCUCCUGGUACAAAGGGUGAACUUUGGCUUCGAUCAGCAAGCAUUAUGUAUGGAUAUUUAAAUGACCCUAUUUUAAAUAAAAAGGCGAUUGAUAGUGAUGGGUGGUUUCAUACUGGCGAUAUCGUUUAUGAAGAUCACGACGGAUUUUUCUUUGUUUUGGACCGAAUUUCUAAUUUAAUUAUUGUUGAUGGAAAUCAAGUUUGGCCGACUGAACUAGAAGCUAUUUUACUUUUACAUCCAAGAGUCCAUGAAGCUUGUGUAGUGGGAGUUAAAAUAAAAAUAAAUGAAAAUUUUUUGGAUGCACCAAAGGCUAUAGUUGUCUUAUCAAAAAUUGAUAAUAAAGAAGAAACUAAGGAAACAAUAGCUCUAAUAUUAAAAGAAAUAUUACUUUUUACAAAUGAACGGCUCGAACGUCAUCAACAAAUUACUGGAGGAAUUAUGUCCGUGGAUAGUUUGCCAAAAACCCCUUUUGGAAAGAUUGCUAGAGGAAAAGUUCGUGGAAUGUUUCUAAAAGACUGA